GAUCGCGUAUCGCACCCUCGCGAUUCAGUCGUCGGUAGUAACAUCACGAUCGGAGGAUACAGCGACGUACUCAACGAUGGUGAUGAACUUCAGGGUGUAUAAGAAAUGUUCGCCGAACGGCAAGAUCUCUCUGUACUUGGGCAAGCGGGACUACAUCGACUAUUUAUCGGGGAUCGAGCCGGUGGACGGUGUGAUACUACUGGACCAGAACUACAUCGAUACCGGUAGGAAAGUAUGGGGACAACUGAUAUGCAGCUUUCGCUACGGCAGAGAGGAGGACGAGGUGAUGGGUUUGAAUUUCCAAAAGGACCUAUACCUGGUUUCGGAGCAACUGAACCCAACCAGCAGAAAAACCGAGAGCACGACCAGGCUGCAGGAUCGAUUGCUGAUGAAACUAGGACCUAACGCGAUCCCGUUCACCUUCAAAUUCCCUCAGAGUGCUCCGUCCAGUGUGACUCUGCAGCCGGGCGAGGGUGAGACCGGCGAACCUUGCGGCGUGAGCUAUUACGUAAAGAUCUACUCCGGGGACGCGGAGACCGACAUCACCCACAAGAGGAGCACGGUCACGAUGGGGAUCAGGAAGAUCCAGUACACGCCUACGAAACAGGGUCGCCAGCCGUGCACCGUGGUACGAAAGGACUUUCUGCUCAGCCCCGGUGAUCUGGAGCUCGAGGUGACCCUGGACAAACAGCUGUACCAUCACGGCGAGAGAAUAGCCGUGAACGUGUGCGUGAAGAACACCAGCAACAAGGUGGUGAAGAAGAUCAAGGCCCUGGUACAGCAGGGUAUCGACGUGGUGAUCUUCCAGAACGGUCAGUUCAGGACAGUGAUCGACGCUGUCGAGACGCAGGACGGCUGCCCGAUAAAUCCCGGUUCCAACCUGCAGAAGGUUCUCUAUCUGAAACCAGAGCUGGAGAACAACAAGCAUCGUAGGGGCAUCGCUCUGGACGGUAGACUGAAGAGGGAGGAAAGCGAGCUGGCCUCCAGCACGUUGCUCAUCUCGCCGGACGUCCGUGACUCUUUCGGCAUCGUGGUGUCCUACGCCGUCAAGGUCAAGCUUUAUCUCGGAGCACUGGGUGGAGAGCUGUCGGCGGAGCUGCCGUUCAUCCUGAUGCGCCCGAAGCCCGUGGAUCGGAUCAAGGAGGUGAACGUGGAGAACAUAGAGGUGGAGGACGUCGCGGAGGAGAAGGCGAAGCAGGCCAGCAGCUAAGUGGAUGGGGGUCCGGCGCAGGUGACCGCGAGCUGCAACCCGGAGGUUGGCUCGCGUUCAAUUUCAACACGGGGGGAACUCGUGUCGCGCGAACGGAGAACACACACGCCAGUAUUCUGGGAAACUAACGCGUAUUAUGUUAUUAACCCUUUCGCUGCUAACGGCGACGCUAAACUCUGCGUUACCAUAAAUUCCAACAUCCUGGAUAAGAAUUUUCGACGACUCGACGGACAUUAAAUUACGGAGGCCCGUUCGCGCGAUUACCGCGACUCCCGAUGUCCCCCUAUCAGGCGUUUCUUUCGAACGAACUCCAUCGUAACGAAAGGGUUAAGGCUCGUCCUGAAUAAUUCCUGCCUUCGAAACCAGACUCGCUGUAGUUGCGGGCCCCGUGGGAGUGUGGACGUUGUCGAUGAAUUACGGCGAUAAUAUGCGACGGAAAAUAAAUUGUUCUCCGUACCUGAAACGCCUUCUUUUAGAGAUCCGAGAAAUUUAACGGUAUCAAUUGCUGCUAGAAGAUAGGUGAAAGCGAAUCUCGUUCAAUGCAAUUGGAACGCGUCCCUUUCGAGAGUACACUUUGCUAGUUCGCACACUAGCGUCCUCUAAUUGUAACAUUCUGUAGCAUGGAUUAACGAUGGUGUAUCGUCCGAAUUAAAUAUAUGUGUACACUGUUA